AUGGAUUUUGAUGAGUUUUUUCAAGUGUUUAAGAAUUCUAUUUCGAAUGAUGAAAGAAUUGGAAAUGCAUCAGAGUCAGCAAUAAACAUUUUUGCGCAACAGAAUCCAUCAAAUUUCAUAAUAUACCUUUAUAGAAUUUUAAUUACACAAGAAGUAGAAGAAAAUUAUAGACUAUUUGCUUUAAUCAACCUUAAAAAUCUCAUAACUCCUUCCUAUUCUCAUAAUAUUAGCAGUAUUCUCGAAGCUUUAAAUCAAAUUCAACCAGCAAAUCAAAAGAACGAUAUUUUUGAAAUAUUUAUGUACUACUCUCAGAUUGAAUGUAAGUUACAAUCAUUAGCUUGUCAUUCCACAGCUUUAUACUUUAGAUUCGACAUUGAAAAUUAUACGAAUACAAUAAUCAAUAGAAUAAAUGAAAUGACAUCUGCAUCUGAGCAAGAUAUCAAUGUACUUGUUGGAAUUGGAAAUAUUUUUGUCGAAUUAUUUUUAAAUUUAACGACAAUGGAACUCAGGAAGUUUAUAAGAUAUGCAAAAACAGAAAUUGUCGCACAAAUAUACAAUCUUUUUAUAUCAAUUUUGAGUAAUAUUGAAAUUGAUGAGAAAAUAAGAGAAAUUUAUUUAGAAUGUAUAUAUCAAUUCUUUUUAAAGCUAGAACUGAAGCAAUUUACAACAGACACGAACCCUGUUUUGACAUUUUUCGAGUUACUUCCUAAAAUUUUACCUUAUACACAAGAGAAGUCAUUUUCGAUAUGUCAUACAAUACUGUUACUCAUUAUACGUAAAUAUUAUGCAAACAUUGGUGAAGGAUUUCAACAAAUUUAUUAUAUCGGAAAUUGUGGACUCCAAAUGGAGAAUUUAUCAUUCAAAUGCAUUGCCAUUGAUUUCUGGUCUGAUGUGGCGAAGAUUAAUAAGCAAAUAAUCAAUGCAACAAAGAAUUCUCAAAAUUUAAUUUUAAAUAAUGCAGAAAACAUUGUUCCCAUACUUGUAGAAUGCUUGUCUAUCUCAGAAAAUCCAAGCGAAGAAGAGUAUGAUGCAUGCAAAAAGGCUACAAAAGCUUUAAAAAACAUUUCAAUUAUUCUUCCAAAGCAAAUCCUUGAUAAUUACGGAAAUGACAUAUGUAAUUGGUUACAAAGUAAUGAUAAGAAAGCUAUUUACAAAGCGUUGCUCCUUCUACACGCUUUUGUUUCUUCAAAGAAAACAAUAAUUUUUUCAGAAUUUGUCAUUUCACAGUUGCAAUAUAUAUUAAACAGAUUCGGUGAUGAAAAUGUAAUGAUAAAGAAGCUAGCCAUUGUUGUAAUGUCUAAAAUUGUUAAAGUUUUUCAAAAUGAUUUGAGAAAUGAAGACAAUAUAGUUUCAAUUGCCCUUGAAUUCGUUAAAAGUGUCGAUGAUCCACAAAAUCUUACCUAUGGUUUACAUUUUUUGUGUCCUGUUUUAGAAAUAACAAAUGAAGUGUUUUUGAACAAUAUUUAUGAGGAUGUAUACUCAUUCUUACUUGAAAUCAUGACGAAUGAAUCCAUUUCCAAUGAAGGAAACCUUCUUUUUGAAGCUUUUAACGCAUUUGACAUUUUAAUUCAAAGAAAAUGCGAGCAUUUUAGGGAACUUAACAUCAAAACAAUUGAGACAUUAUUAAAUUUAAUAGAAACAACCCUUACAAGUUUCCAAAAUUCAGUUGAUAGCGUUCCUUUUCCAGAUAGAAAGCUACAGCUUGCUUGUUUGUCGGUUUCCAUCCUUUUGGAUAAUACCCCAAGCAGUUUGCUUGAUUAUGAGGCUAUUGUUAAUCAAUUAUUUAAUAUUUAUAAUAAUUUUGACUUGCCAAUAAGAGUUGACUUGUUUUUAGUCAUAGAAAGUGUCAUCAAAAAUGACAAAGACAACAUAUUCUUGCAAUUUGGGGAUGCUUUCGUGAUGUUUAUAGAAAAUGCUCUUAAUUCUCAGAUUCCUGAUCUAAUAGGUACUGCAGCAGAAGCAUUUGGUUCAUACAUGUAUGCCUACCGAGCCAAUGCUAUCUGUUACGGUCAAACUUUGGAACAUAUUUUAUAUAUUUUACAAAAUGAUGCGACACCUCAAUAUCCAGUUGUUUACAGUCGCCUUAUAUCAUGUGUUGGCCUUGUUCUCACCGGAGUUAGAGAGCAAAUGCCAGAUAAUGUUUUUUCUCAGAUUAUUGAAAUUUUAACAUCAUUUAUGAAUACAAAAGUCGAAGAAAAUGAAAAAGAGAACUAUAUAGAAGUCAUUCCAUCUAUUUUGCAAACUCUGAAAAGGUUAUUUGCCACAUCUGAAGAAAAUCAUGACCAACAGUUCAUUAGAUGGACUAAGAAAAACGUAUUUUCAACAUUCAUAUCUCAAAUAUGGGAAAACAAGAUAUUUAAUGAUCAAAUUUUGUCUUUAAUUCUUGAUCUACUUGAAACAAUAGGAAAUGUACUGAAAGGAAAUAUCUCCGUAUCAUUAAGAACACCAACUAUCAAAUAUUUAGUUGAAGAAGCUUUGUUUUCGUUCGAUGAGAACUUAUCCGAGAAAUCAGAGAAAUUCAGAGUUCUACUUGAUAAAUUAUAG